CUGCUUUAUACAUCCGGGUUGAUAAAACAAAACUCUCACGUUGAAAUAGUACAUUUCUACUAAAAUGGAUGUAGCUUGUAUGCAAGUUAAAACAUUUCCCUCAAGGUCUGUAUUUUAUUAAUGUAAUUUUUAUAUAGAAGAAAAUAUACUGUUAUAUUUUAUGUAAAAUGGAAUUAGGGUAAAAUGAAAUCCUUUCCAUUCUCACCACCAUUUUAACAUCUUCUCAAGAAUUAUUUUUAAUGUUAUAGUGUUUUUUUUAAUUCUUAUUCUACCACUUGUUGUGAAACUGCAGUAAAUAAAAAUAUAAUAUAUUAUAAUGUCAGUAUCGUUGAAACUCCAAAGCACCCAGUGGGCUUAAUAGAGUUAGAAUUCUUGUACAAUGCACGCAGGAUGACAUUUUGUGACUUUUGUCUUAAUCGCAUUGGUGUAUUUUCUACACUUUUUUUGUCAAACUGAAAAUCGUUAUUUCUAUUUAUUCUGUUUUACAACAUUUUUAUAUCUUUUAGAUGCAAUCUUCGAAUAUGAUUACAAUGGCUUUGAAACAAACACUGCUAAUGUGUCUUGCAUUUGAGACUUGUUUGUCCACCUUAAUGUUUGAAAUUGGAGUAUAUCGACAUUUUUUGGACACAAAUGAACUUCCAACAUAUAUUUCGUUCAAUAAGUACAGAUUAUUCAGGUAUGCAAAUAUUCGCUAUAUACACCUAUAGAAUAUGUUAUUACAAAAAUAUGUAGAAGAUGCCAUUCUGUUAUUUUCAUACAAAAAUUGUGCUUGUUCUAAACAAAAAACAGAACUAAUUGUAAAUUGUGAAGAAGAGUAGAGUGUACUCAGCACUGACUAAUCAGUGGAGACAAAUAUUUCAAAUAUUGCAAUGGGAAAUUAUAUUUUUCGAUAAGAGAAUCGAAUAGAAAUAUGCCGCAUAUUUUUUUUCAUCCCGCCAAAAGUCUUCUCUAAAUUACACACUUUGGUGUUUUUUAAGGAUGGUGCGCAAAGUGCGGGAAACUUAUAUCCCCAAAUACAAGUAUACAGUUAUUUAGAUCACGGCGUUAUAUUAUUCUAGCAGAUUCAAUACAGUCGAAGAACAAAGUCACUCUACAUCCCUCAGCCCCCUCCCACAUUAGUGGCGACAUGUUAGAUAUUUCCAACAAUCUUUCUGAUUAAAGCGCUAACCUCAUUUUUUAAAUGCCAAUUUACUUGACAAAACACGCAUGCAGGUAACUUACUUUAUAAGAAUCCCAGUAAGUGGUAACUUUUGGUAAUCUUAUUAUAUUAAGUUUAUUUCUAUUUGAUAAUACUUAUAUAUAAAUAUACAUAUAUUUAUUUAUUUAUUUAUGGACUUAAUGGUCUAAGCAUGUUUAAAUUGAAGCGAUAUUUUAUUAGUGUUUUUAGAAUCCCUUUUAGAAAUGAGAAUUUGAAUCUUUUGUAGGAAUUUAACAUAGAUUUACACACAGUUUAGUGCACUUAGAUGGAAUUGUCUUUGUAGCGCUAUUGAAAAUAGCGUUAUAGCCAUAAAUACAUACAUACAUGACUAGAGAGCGAAUUUUUAUUUGUGAUAUACUUUACAUACAAAUUACAAUAAGUAAAACUGAUUAUUUAUUUAUUUAUGAUAUUAUAUAUAUUUUUUAUACAGAUUUCAGGAGUGCCUUUGCAGCAAUUCAACCAAAAAUUGUAUAGCUUACCUAAGUUGCUUAAAUGAAAAGGAAACGUGUUAUGUUACAUAUAUUUCAAAUACAACUCAAGAAGACGUAUUUAAUUUACAUAAUAUUUUUAUCUGUUUUCUCGACGUUUACCUUAGAAAAGUGCUUUGCGAAAGACAUUUAAAUCAAUCAAAUGACAAUUACACCGCACUGUUCCAUAUUAAUAAUCCAUCUGUUUGCCAGUUGAACUGUGCUGAAAUAAUUUGGAGGUAUAAUCAAAAUGCGGAUAUACUCUAUAAUCCUGAAGGUACUAUUAAAUAUGGUAAUGCGUCGCCUACCUGUACACCUUUGUUAUCUACUGUUACUUCUUCAUCGACCACAACACAGACGACAAGAAAUACUACAUUUUUCCCAAAACAGAGUACUACAACUUCUACUGCCAAAGUAACAACUCCGUUCACUUUAAUUAAACAUCGAACUUCGGUAAGUUCCACUAGCAUAAAAGAUUUGUCCACCCUUGAACUUAAAACUGAUAUGUUUAAUGGUGGCAAUGGUGAUUCAGAUGAUAAAUUUCCAAUCAUUUUUGGUGUUACCAUAAGUUUAUUCGUUCUACUUGCUUUCGGAGUCGGACUUUUCCUUCUUAGGAGAUGGCAACACAAACAUGACGCGCAUACCCGACGUAUGUCUCAAAAGCAAUGCGUAACAGAUUCAGCUGAGCUAGACUCCAAUAAUAUCAUGAAAAGGGAAAUAUCAUCUUAUUGUAAUAUAAACUCUGAAAACCAGGGAUACACAAAUGUCGUUAAAGAGGUAUAUCAAACGGUUAACACCAAUAUAAUGGACGAAUACACCGUUGUCACCUAUUCGAAUGGCGAGUUUUAUCAAACGGACUCCGUGCAACCUGGGCUUCAUAGUCCAGGUCCUCAACAAUCAAAUUCCAAUGUGUAUUUAAAUAGUCAUCAGGCAAAAGACAAAAGCGCAAGCGGCCAAACAAUGAUAAAUAGCAACAGUGUCGUUGCAGAUCCCGAGUAUUCAUCAAUUGACCAAAACCAGAGAGAAACCACGCAUUCAAAUAAUGAGCCUCUAUUCGUUGAUAGACCUCAAUCAGAGCAGAUGGAAACUUACAUGAACAUAUCCAAGAGGAAAAAUCCAUUCCUUGGUGAAAAUGACUCUAUUAUAAACGACUCUCAUCCAGUUUACUACGAGCUCGACAUUACUAAAAAUAAUCCCGAAUGUGAAAAACAAGAGAUUGGAAUGAUUGGUGGUACCACAGAUGCAGCAACAGGAACACACAAGGUUUACUCUAAACUUGGGGAUCAAAGCAGAAAUUGUAACAACCCGUACAACUCCCUGUCUGGUACAGGUGAUUCUGUCACAGCGGCACAUCUUAAUGUUCCUGCUUUCGUGGAAGAGACAAAUUUAUCAUCGGAAUAUUCUUUGGCUUCAUCUAUUGAUGCAUAAUAAAUAUAUAUAAUAUGAUUUUUUAAUAAGUAUCCACCCGUCUCCAAAAGUUGAUGGUGUAAUCACGCAAAGCUAGGAAUCCUGAGAGUGCGAGGUGCAGUGUGUAGAUUCAACUGUUGGACCCAAUAGAAUGUCAAACUGACGGUACAGCCUAAGACCAGCUCCAGUCUUCAUUUCAAGACAUUGCACCACACAGUCUCCCAGUCUCCCAACAAUACGUCUCCAUCACGGUGUUGACCAACAACGGGCGUGUCACACUCAAAAUGAUUAUAUGGUAACGCUUAUGAAGAGAUUACCGCACAUUAUAAUAAUUGUCAGGUAAUUAAAAAAAAGUUUUUCACAUAAAUCCUUUGUAUGCAUUUUUGUUUGCAUUUAUGUAAUUUAGCACGUGAUUUUUCAAUUUUGAGGAAGCGAUUAUGUAAAUGAUUAAACUUCUGGCGAAAGCAAGUUUCACAUUUCCUUUAUUUUUCCCUUUCAAAUAUAUAUAUAUUAUUUUUACUGCAUACCUAGUUGUGUCACAUAUACAAAGAACGUAGCAAUAGCUACGUAAUGGAUGAAAAUACGCAACCAUUGAAAAAUCAUACUUCAUUCAUCUUGCAACUUACCCGUUGACAAAUAUGAUAAUGUAUGUGAUUUUGAAUAAUUAGUAUAUUAAAUAAACAUAAAU